UUCGGAGUCACCAGACUUGCCCAACCCCCUUUGCCUUUGUCUAAAGGGAUUCUUCCCCUUUUUGUGGCAUUCUUUACGUACUAAGACAGUACAGAGACAGCCAGGACUUUCUAUUUUUGUUGAUGGUGUAUACAUAUAGCUAGGUAGAGAGCGUUUGUGCCCAGUGAACGCUAUGUCGUCUGCUAGCUGAGGUUUUGCCCCCCUCCCCACAACGUUAGGUUGUUUCAGCAAGAACAUUUCUAACGUCAAUGUGAGAAGCGGUGUGUCAUGCAGAAGAACCUAGUACGACUCAACAUGUCCAUGUUAGACCCACACAUCCUGUCCAGUCAGCCUGCAAGGUUUACGAGGAGGUUGGGCAGACCCACAAUGCACCAGGGCAUCUCGCGGAUGAACAUGACCUUCGCGGGGUGCGGUUUCCUGGGAAUCUACCACCUGGGCGUGACGUCCUGCCUACUGAAGCACGGCCAGGCGCUACUCAGCCAGGUCACGUGCUUUGCAGGGGCGUCGGCCGGGUCACUGGCAGCUGCCAUGAUGGUUCUGGGGAGGGACAGGCUACAGUACUCUCUAGACUUCACCUAUGGAGUAGCAGCAGAGAUCAGGGACCUUCCACUGGGAGCUUUCAAUCCAAGGUUUAACAUGCUGGAGAAACUCAGGCAUUUCCUGGAGGACAUGUUGCCUAGCAACGCUCACGAGCUGGCCAAUCACAGACUGCACAUAGCCGUGACAAGGGUGAGGGACUCAAGGGGUGAAAUCAUCUCAACAUUCAACAGCAGGGAAGAACUGAUUCUGAUUCUUUUAGGAAGCUGCUUCAUUCCCUACUACUGUGGCAGAGAUUAUCCUGUCUUCAGAGGAGAGAAGUGGCUAGACGGAGGAUGGACGGACAACCUCCCGAGACCACAGUUUGGAGGCCCCACCAUCACCGUGUCGCCGUUUUCAGGCGACCACGACAUCUCUCCGCAGGACAAUCCCGGACGCAACUGGCGUUUGAAGGUGGCAAACCAGUCCCUAAGGGUGAACCCUUCCAACACACGGCGCGGCAUUCACGCACUCAAACCACCCAAACAGGAAGUCUUGGAGGAAUACUAUACGAGAGGAUUCCAAGAUACAGAGAGAUAUCUUAAAGAGAAUGGCUACUACAAUGUAGAAGUACAGAAUGGACUGUAUGUAGAAAGAGAGACUACUGUAUAGCUGACAGUGCAGUCCUAGGAAGUGUACCUUCCCUUGCAAAAGUGGUCAGUGUAAUGUUGCCCUAGUGCUCAAAGUUUUGAUGCCACUGCAAUGUAUCAUUGGUGCCAACUGGCACAGUAAUUUCACAGCAAUGUUUACCAUGUACAAUGCGGCAUCAAUUCAGUAUUACACAACACUUUUGCAUGAGAUUUACACGUUUUAACCAAAGCCAUGCUGCCAGUAGUACAUACUGAACAACAAUCUCUAUAUCUAACCUGUGUCAAUACUCUCUACAAACUUUACAAGGAAAACCAUUUUUAGAUUUGAGAGGAGUUAAGAUUUUAAUUUUGUUUAUCGUUGUAGAUAUUUUCUUUGUCUUGUUUUGGAUUUUAUUAUAUGCAGACACAACCUUUCCACUGCAAUACCACAGUUGUUUCUAACAGUGUUUAACUUCUGCUAUCUACGCAAUUAGAGUCAGUAAUUGAAUAAUUUGCAUAUGGCUUAUGUGGCACUUGGUUCUGCAUCAGAUUUCUGCAUCUUGUGUCCUAAUGAUGUUUAACUUUCUACCUCAAUAUUGACAAGAAUUCUUCUAGUACUACAGUGUUGUAUGGCAGCCAGAGCUGUUGAUAGAUGAGAAACAAACAAACUGUAUCUAGUAAUAAAUCGUUCAUUAUUA